GUCUGUCGCAGCCAGCAACCAGGGGAAACUACAGUAAUCUGAUCUGCCGGGUCAAGGAGACAGUGUCAAAAUAGAUCUACCGUGUGUAAUUCUGUCGGGUCGACGAAGCUAACAUUCCCUCUAUCUCUCUCACGACCAUACAAUACCCAGGUACGCGCGAGCUCAACAAAAGGGCACGAAUAGUGUAUAUUUGGCCGACCGUCUGUCGAAGACACAUCAUGUCAAGAACGCCAGUCGUCACGGAGAACGCGCCCAAGGCUCUACCGGGCAUCUACAGCCAGGCCAUCGUGGCCAAUGGCUUUGUGUAUUGUUCGGGCUGCGUGCCCAUGGACGCCAAGACGAUGAAGUUGAUCGAUGGCGAUAUCCAGGCUCAUACUCACCAAUGCAUCAAGAACUUGGGCACCAUUCUCGAAGCGGCAGGAUCGAGUCUCGAGCACGUCGUCGAGGUCAAUGUCUUUCUGGCGGAUAUGGAAGACUUUGCCAAGAUGAAUGAGGUGUAUACGACGUACUGGGGUGAUGUGAAGCCUGCGAGAACGUGA